AUGGCGAGCGAGUUCCAAUCCGCCAUGACCAUCCGGUCGCUCCGCAUACUUAAGAAUGAACUGGAGUUCCUCGCCGAUUCCUCUGUCAUUGAACCGCAGCAGCUCAAUGCUAUCCUCGCCCAACUGCCCACCGAAUCCGACGCCCGCGCCGCCGCCGCUCGCCAGAACCAGGUGCCUCCCUCACCAUUGCAGGUGCAGCCCCUGUCUCAACCCGUUCAAACACAACCCCCUCCGGCCCCAUACUCGCCUCCGGUGACGCAGGUUUCCAAUCUGUCGAUGAACGAAAAGGCCCCGGUACACAAUCAAUACGCCUCCCCGCCUCCACAGGCGCCGCCAGCCUACCCUCAGGUCCCGCCGAUUCUUGGUCUCGCUUCGGCGAUGUAUGCAUACACUCCCACUGACGCGGGUGAUCUGGCGCUGGCGCCGAAUGACCGUGUUCAAGUUAUUGAGCACAUGAAUGACGACUGGUGGCGUGGCCGCAACGAGCGCACUGGCCGCGAGGGUAUCUUCCCGAGAAGCUAUGUGAAUGUCAUUAACGAGAAGGGAACGAUCUCCUCGCCGCCCCCGCCUAGCAACUACGGAAAUAUGCCUCUGGAUGUUAGCCAGAGUGGAUCCGCCCCGACCUCGAACGAUCCGGAGCAGAAGAGCAAGUUCGAGCAGAAUGGCAAGAAGUUUGGCAAGAAGCUGGGCAAUGCAGCGAUUUUUGGUGCCGGUGCCACUGUUGGUUCCAACAUUGUGAACAGCAUUUUCUGA